UUGUGGUAAUAGUUUAUUACCCCCUCUUUCUUCUGUUCUAAUGAAAUAUUGUGCCCCAUUUUGAUUCUGCCUUAGUGGUCUGGAAGGUGAGAAAAAACAAGUAAAGGGCAUGUUGAGUGAGCUAAUAUGCAUCUAGGCAUUUCCCCUUAACUCCUAGACCGCAGCUAAACCUCUUACCCAAAUAUUUCUUUUAACAGAUUCCCUUCCCCGACAUACAUUCCUACUGGGUCCCAUGCCCUACAGGGGAUCAGAUUUGAGAUAGAAGCUUUCAAUGAGCAUACCCAGGAAUAAAGCAGGGCUGAAUUAACACAAUUCUCCUAUCAUAAUUAUAAUCUAAAGCAAAUGAGUUUAGUUACACCAGGAUUCCCUCCUGUCCCUUCCCUCCAUACACACACACGCAGAGCAGCUGUAGUAUUGCUUAGGUCUCCUGUAUAAAGCCAGCAUAUUGCAUUUAUUGAAACCAAAGGACACAUAAGGGUAAAAGGGCACACUUAAGUAGGAUCAGCAUGUUUCUGUUUCUGCUGCUGCUCCAGCUGCUGGUGAUCUCAUGUUUUGGAGCAACAGAAGAGGGAGGACAGCAGCCAAGACAAAAGAGGGGAAGAAUUCAGCACCUUUUCUACCUAGAUAAAACUCUGCUAGAAAGAGAGGUCCCUAGGGAGUUGCUAAGGGAAGAUCAUACAGACUCUGAAGGAAGCCAAGCAGGGCCUAGCUUGUAUGUAGCAGCCCUUGAGCAUGCUGCAGAAAACAAGAAGCCAGGAGAGAAAAAAUUGUCCAGAUUCAUGCUUCCUUUCAUAGAGCUCCAGACAACCCAAAGCUCACCUGCACGAAAAGAGGCUCUUCAUUCUGAUAGUCUGAGAAACUUUUCACCUCCUCACUCAUCCCGCGAGAGGGAAGCUGAGUCUUCUUACAGGAAGGAUGCCAAGAAAUUCUGGGACCAUUUCACACUACAAAAAAAUUCAGCCUCUGAAGAGGUUGUCUUGCCAAUCAAGACCGAUGAGAUGCACCAGGAAACCUGCUGGACUCUGCCUUUUUCACAGGGUAUUGUGCAUGAGAACUGUGAAAAGGUGGUGGUCCAGAAUAACCUUUGCUUUGGAAAGUGUAAUUCCUUUCAUGUCCCUGGGCCAGAAGAUCGUCUUUACACCUUUUGUUCCCACUGUUUGCCUGCUAAAUUCAACUUAAAACGUUUGGAGCUGAACUGUACCAAGUCUGUCCCCAUUGUGAAGGUGGUCGUGAUUGUGGAGGAAUGCAAAUGUGAGAUUCAGAAGACUAAUGGUCCUGAAAUAGGUCCUUUACAUUCAGACUUGCAUGCAAAUGUGUAUGGACACAAUUAAUCUGCUGAAAGGCACCUUUAAACUCCAUGAUCAUUUGUAAAUAAUAAUAAUAAAUAACCCUGAGAUUUUUGUCAAACACAUUCAA